UGCGCAAUUUUGAUGCGCAUUGUGCAGUGUCAACAAGUCUUCAGCGUGAAAGUGGAGGGAGCACAGACGGUUUGCUGUGAUAGAAAAGAAAAUGAUGUAACGCCAUAACACGGGAACAGGAUCAUAAAAUUUUAUCUGUGAUAUACAUGUACAUUUGUGAUAUUUACUUCCUAUACAUUCCACCAAUACCACAGGAGACUGAACAAUGGGUUCAGCCGCUAGUACAAGUCAUAAACAAGCUACCACUACAGUCAGUGCCACACAUGCCGUGGCAAAGUUUAAGAAGAAACAAGAUGUAGCGCAAACUACAGAAGCAGCAUUGAUAGUGGAUGAAGAGAAAAAAGAAAAGGAACUGUAUGAAAAACAUCCAGAGUUAAAAGAUGCACUUGAUGGUUUUGAAGAAAUCAAUGACACAAUUAAAACAAAAUCAGUAGAUAAUAGACAAAUCCUAAGAAUGCUUAGUUCAGAUGUAUAUGAAGCUUAUGCUGACUUUGAAACAAAAGAACAGCGUCUUCUCAUGGCAAACCACAUGGCUAAGAUAGGUUUUGUAACUACUCUGUGCAAUUAUUACAUCUCUUUGCUAAAGGAAUUUAACAAUGAGACAGUCUCAUAUAUUGAAACAGGAACUCUUCGUGGAGCAGGACUUUUAAUCAUAAGGGGUAUUUUUUGGAACUACUCAGAUGCCAGUCUCAAGUUUGCAGAGAGUGUUGGAUUGUCAGGUUACUUGGAGUAUAUGAUGAAUGAUCUUGAUGCUAUUGAUAAAGGUGUUAUAGCUGGGUCCAUUGAUACAGAGGAGGAGGGCACAAGCCUUGCCUUGAAAUCGGCUAUUGGUUGUGUUCACAACUGUGCCAAAGUUGAUACUCUGAGGCCUAUUUUUCAUGAAAUGAAGGUUGUGGACAGAUUAAAGCCAUAUCUUCAUACAGCAGAAACAGAGAACAAAGCAGUUGCCAUCAUGACGGAGGCAUAUAUUAUCAAUGAUGAGCAGAAUGACAUCCUGGCAACAGAAGAUGGCAUAUUUGAAUUUAUCAUAGAUUUAUUGAAACAAGCUUUGGAGAGUGAUGACCACAGAGCAGAAGGGUUCUCUGCCUGGGAAAUGGCCAAAGGACUGGGUGCCAUGGCCAGAAAUGACCAGAAUAAGACACUGAUUGCAGAGAAAGGGGCUAUACCAUUCUUGGCAGCCAUGUUGGCGUCAGAAGAUGAAGAAGAAGUUGAAGAAGCUUUGAGUACCCUCUGGAAACUGGGAUUUGACCAAAAUAACAAAAGAAAAAUCCAGGAAGAACCUAAUUGCUUUGAGAGAGUGAAAGGUUUAACAAAGCACAAAAAUAGUAGGAUAACAAAGGCUGCAAAUGGAGUGGUAUGGAUCCUGAGUCAAAACCAGCUUAGUUCAGAAGAUGUCUUGCAAUCACAAGCCAGAACAGAUAGUGCCAGCUUGAGAGAAAAGAGUGCUAGUACUGCAGCUGGGGGUAAAGCUGGGCAUGUAAUGAUCAGCUACAACUGGGGAGACCAGAAAGUUUUACUGAAGGUAAAGGAUGAGCUGCGGAGGCGAGGCUUUAAUAUCUGGAUGGAUGUAGAGCAGAUGGGAGGUUCCACACUCCAGGCCAUGGCUGAGGCUGUGGAGAAUGCUGCUGUAGUCUUGAUAUGUAUGUCAGACAGGUACAAGGACAGCCCCAACUGCAGGACAGAGGCUGAAUAUAGCUUCAAAUUAAACAAGGACAUUGUCCCUUUAAUGAUGCAACGUAACUAUAAACCAGAUGGGUGGCUUGGAAUGAUUCUUGGCAGCAAACUGUUCUUUGACUUUAGUGGAAAAUACAAUUUUGAGUGUAAAGUUGAUGAGCUGGCAAAAGAACUUGGCAACAGAGGGAAGACAGGGGGGAUUGUACCAGUUAUGACGGAAACUGCAGCUCUGGCCCCAAGCUUUGGCUCUGGCAAAAAGAAUCCAUCCCACUGGAACAAAGAAGAUGUUGCCCAAUGGUUGGAGAAAAAUAACUUGAACAGAAUGCCCAAGUUUACCAAGCUGACUGGCGAACAGAUUGCAUUCCUCAAAGAAAUACACACCAAUGCUCCGGAAUUUUUCUUCUGCUACAUGACAGACAAGAUGGGGAUAGUGCAACUCCAAGAUUUGGUGAUGAUCAACAACGCUUGCAAAAACCUAUAGAGGUCAAGUAUGGAGGACCUCUUUGUCAAAAGGAACAAAGCACAUUUUAUUUUAAUAUUUGUACAGCUAUCACAUACUUAUUUAUUAGAGUUUUUUAUUUAGGGUACAAGUUUUUGUGUUCUUUCUUUUUUCAUUGAAGAUGCAGACUAGUCCAUUAUUCUUGCUUUUCAAUGAACAUGCCGUUUCUAACAGUAUUUGCCUGCACCUUACAGACUCCAGUUCAAUUUUUUUUCCGACUAAUAAUAUAUUAUACAUAUUUGUAUACCAUUUUUCUGCAACCAUUUUCUACAUUGUUAAAAAAACAAACUGUGCUUAACAAGGGUGAUUGAUCUGCCAUGAUUAAAAGGAUAACAACUGUUCAUUUUGUCCAAAAAAAAAGUUUUUUCCUGGGGUAAACGGCAAUUUUCCCAUACUU